ACAUGUACCCAAAACCUCCAUGAAAUAAAACUGGUGGACAAAUAUAAUAUGAUACUAUAUUCUAUUGACCACAUCAAUACACUGGUACAUUUUUGGGCGCGCUAUUUUAAAAAGGUAAAAGCCUGUCUGUCUUUAUUAGAAACGUUCUGGGGGACUGGGAAUAUAGUGCUAAACAUCUGAAAUAUGGGCUAAAUAACUCAAAAGCAUAAUAAAUCAUACUACAAUGUAAAGCCUAUUGUCUUAUCAGUCACUCUAAUAGUCUAAUAGUUGUAACAAGCUUUAUACAACAUCUCAGCAAAUCUUACAAUUUGUAUACAUUAAAAUGUGUACAAAAUUUACAUUUUUGACAAAGAAAAUGUGUCAGCUAAAUUUGUAAACCUCCCGCUCCAUCUGUCUUGGAACAUGUAGUUCUUUGCAGGUGGAUCUACAUAUGAACUACACAUCCCUACAACCGCGUUAGUUACCAUAGCAGCGAGAGUUUAAUUUGUGUUCCGCCAUGGCUAUCAGUCCGUCUAGAGUUUUCGCUGCUUUAUUACCCACCGCGGAAGAUAUUUACCGGAACGAAAACGAACCAGGGAUGGGGGGACACACGGUUACCGUUCAGCGAACCCAGAACAGCGCGCGAGAGGUCCAGGUGACUGGGAGCGCAGAGGUGUCGUGCCCAGCUGACCGCGCUACUGUUUCCGUUAGUUUCAAAAACAGCAAGGAGUCGGUGAACGACGUCACCAACAGCAUUUCGAGGAGAGUAGAGUACAUUCUACAGACCCUGAGACAACACCAUGUCAAGGGGGAAGAGUUGACAGUGACGAGACACAUCUACAGAGCUGAUGACCUGUACCACAUGGAGGCUCUGGUGAUGGUGGUGUUCUCAGACUUUGGUCAGAUGGAGAGAGUGUGUAUUGUUCUGUUGGAGAAGCUGGAUAAGAGUGUGUGUGUCAGCACACCUCACUUCUACCACAGUGAAGAGUGUCUCAGCCUAUUGAGGCGGAGCGUGUGUGUAGCAGCAGUAGAGAAUGCUCGUCUGAAGGCGUCUGAGAUGAGCAGCAUGCUGGGACAGACUCUGGGGCACCCCCUACUGGUCAGAGAGGAAGAGGCCACGGAGAGAGAUGGAGGGAGAGAAGGAGGAGAGGGGAGGAUGGGGGAGGGGGUACACAGGCCUAGCAUCAGUGCGACCUCUCGUGUGUUUGUCACCUUUAACCUCCGACACAAAGACAGAACCAGGAAGAAGAUUUGAAGACUACAUUACCCAUCUACCCCGUCAGCACAGUGCAAACACACACUCCCUCACAAUCACACUGUAGAUAUGAAGACAAAGACAAGGAUGGACAGUCAUUGUUUUGUUUAGAAUAAUAUUUAUUUAAGCUUUUCCUCAAAGCUUCUGUCCAUAAACAUGAAUGUCAAUAAAUUAUGUAAAUGUG